GAAAUGAAAUGAUGAUUCAAAACGCUGCUGUGACCAGCUGACGAACGAUAGUAAAAUUAGUAAACACAACCACGAGGAUGGAGUGCGAUGAGGGAGCUGAUAAAACUCGGGAUUUAAACUCGUCCACUGUGUCGACAACACCGAAAUUGUCCAAGAAAGAACGAAAAGCUCUCUUGGCCAGCAGAAAAAGCUUUGAGAAAAGUCUGAAAAAUGUCAUCACUAACCCUUAUCCUGUGUAUUGGCCACUGGUAGAAAAAACUGAAGACCUGUUUGAAGCCCUGGAAGUACCACUCAAAACUUGCUGGAUACCAAUUGCGAGGUUGCAAUUAUCAGCUAUAAAAGGGAAAAGCAGAGAGGAGAGGCAGGCUUUGAGGAAAAAAGUCGUAGAAGAUGCUCAGCCAAAUGUUGAGGAAGCUCGCAAGUGCAGGUCAAUGUUGGCCAUAGGCUUAAAUGCUGUGUUCAGAGCUCUGGAAAGACAAGAGGUGGAAGCUGUAUUGGUAGCAAAUGACAUUGAUCCAAAAUUCAUGGCUCAGCAUCUCAUUCAUCUUGCCUCACAACAAUCCACUGUGAUUGUUGUUUGCAACUUACGACAGCUAGCAAAAUCUACAAUUGGAGCAGAGUCAGCCGCUUUGGCGUUCAAGUGCUGCACAAGGUGUGAAGAUAAUCCAUUCUUCAGUGCUGUGCAACUUAUCAAAGAAAAAGCCUUGAGAGUGCCUAAACCAGCGACAUUGCCUGAUUUGUCAGCCAAAGUGAACAAGGAAGAACAACAAGUGGUGCCCAAUACUGAAGACCUAGAGCUUAAAGAAUGGCAGGAAAAGGUGGUAAGCAUUAAUUGGAACUUGAAACGGCCACUCUCCGGAGGCAAAGCGUUCUAUCCUCGCGGUGAUGAAACGAAAUCGAAAAUGGAAGACGCAGGUGAAUUCAUUCCCCUCAGCCAAGACAGUGCAUUCCCUGCUAGUUUGGACAAGAGUGCGUAUUUACCGCUUCGCGUUAAGAGGGUUCAGCCAAACAAGGAAAAAAUGGCAUUAAAGAGAGCCAAGAAACUUAAAAAGUGAAUUAAUGUGGGAGUGAUGCCCAAGACAAUUUUUUUCAGUGAUUGUUUUGAAUAAAUCAAAGAGAUAUGCUUUGAUGCA